GGAACGUGCGUCGUCACGAUUCCUUCGACGCGUGAGCCUCACCAUUCUUCAACUCUCCUUUGCAUGGAGCCAAUUGCCUUCGUACCACCCUGUCUCCUCUUGGCACAGAUCGCCAUCAUUCAAACCAACUUCGAGUUGCACUUUGCGUCGUCCUUGAGCUGACCGGAAUCACGACUAUACCCCGAUGUGAUGGGGAGAGACCUCGAGUGGCUCGACGAGCGCCGGGGGCGAAAGCUGACCUUCCGAUUUAAAGGACGCGAUUCACGACAGAUCAGCCAGUUUUGGAUUAACCGUACAUUGAUGAUGUCCUGCUCCAAGGUUGUCCGGGAGGCAUGCGAGAAAGACCCCAAGUUGAGAGAUUUCAACGGCCUCGAUGUGGAUGGUAUUGCCGGUAUCUUCCAAACCAUUGUCAACUUCGUUCACGACGACAUUCUGCCAAUGGGCCCUGGAGGACACGUGGAAUGCUUGAGCAAGGAAGCACAGAUUUACAUGCAGCAAAUGCUGAGGCUUUAUCGAUUUGCCAUUCAGUACGAGAUGGAAGACCUGGCAGACCGAACAAUAGAUGAAAUACAGGCGCACGAGCGCAGGUGCAAUGGGUAUCCGGUCAUGACGUGGAUCCAGAGUGUGUACAAUUUCAGCGAGUCAGGAUCAAAGGCCAGACUGUAUUGUGCUGCAUCCUUGUAUCAUUCCGGGAUCAGAAUUAUGAGGGGUCUUACGCACGGUUGUCGUGCGUCUGAGUUCAUGUCCUUGAAAAAUUCUUUCCCGGAGGCCGUGGACGACAUCCAGCGCAUGGAGAAAGUGUUUCAACGAGAGAGCACCUGGUCAAACGGAAACAUGGUUGACCAUCGAGAUCAGGAAGCAUUUGGGGCGUGCAUCUUUCAUCUUCACCCGAAGGGCAAGAUCUGCCACGCAACCAGCCCUGUGGUUCGGGAGGCCAGGACUUUUGGGAUGGGCUGGGGAAAUUGGGACGAGCCAAGGACCAGUGUGAAGCUCCCGAUUGCAUACCCUAUCGAUUACGGCUCAGGUACGGAGAGUGACGAUGAUCCGGUCGAUGAACAAUGGGACGCAAUCUGUGGCCUGGGUAGUACUGAAGAUUCUGCGGUUGAGAUGAACCUGAGGCGGAUCAGUCCUGGCUUGGGAAAUAUUGUAGAGCCUGCGGUUGAGACGAACACGAAGCAUACCGGUCCUGAUUUCGAAGACUCUGGAUUGUCUGUGGAGGAGGAGGAGGAAACGAAUACUGCUCCGAUUGCACCACGGUCAACUGCGUUGUCACCACUUCCAACCGGCGUCGUCGGCGAUGACGAAAGUGAGAAGAAGAAAGAGAAGUACAAGCCCACAUCUCCCGUCAAAAUGGAAGGAAUCCCGAUACCAAAUCCAUGGGGGUUUCAUCUUCCCCCCAGGGACGAAGCUGAAUCAGAUCGCUUGUAUGGAUGGCUCUCGCUUUCUCCGCGAACCCAGGCUGAAGCCGACGACUGCCACAACUUCCUGAAACAAGUUUGCAUGAAAGGGCUAGAUCGACAUUUUCCCAAGGGGCCAACUCAAAAGGUCGAGAAGAAGAGUACUCCAACUGAACCGAAGCCGUUGCCCAAACCCGUCCUGAAAACAACUCCAAAGGUUUUCCAGCCAGUUGCACAGCCCGAGUCUGCCAAAACCAAUAUCUUCACCUGUAAGACUUGCGAUCGGAAAUUCCAACGGAAGGAAGAUUUCUUGAAACAUGUAGCACAAAAGGACAAGCUCUGCGUUUAUCGAAAGAGAUCUCGUGCGUACAGCCGAGACGAGAGCGGGUUGACACCUCUUCAGCGUGUGCGCAAGAGGCCGAAAUUGGAUUAUAAGCAUGGGGACUGAAGUAUUAGUUGAUAGGCGGGAAGCGUUCAUUUGUUGGAUUUUCUAAGUCUCGUCCCGGGGAUGCGGCUUGGGGAUGGGGAAGGAGGCGAUGUUUGUUUUCUGGGAGGUCCGUUUGCAAUUUGAGAUACCCAUACUGUUUGCUGGCGCCGAAUCCACUACGGCGUAUUCUGCGGUAUCUGGGACAUUCGAUUUUACUCUGCUUUACUUUUAUGUUAUGCUGCGGCAGAAAUUCGAGGAGAUCGCAAGUC